AUGAGUCUUCGGCAACUUGAGUGUUGGUGUUGGAGUUGGGUCUGGAAUUUCAAUUCUCUCUCGAGCGCAACAACAGAUGUCAGAAUAACAUUCCCCACUGUCCUUCUUGCCACCAUAAACUGUGUAUUGACCAAACUUGCAUUUACAGGAAGACCGGUCAAUACAAGGUUCACAGUUGAAAUAGUUGUACACAAACCUGUUGAGUACGAGUGUGAGUAA